AUGGGUGUGGAUGAUUUGAAGUUUGAUGGUUGUUUAUAUACAUGGUCUAAUAAGCAUGUAUCUAGUCCUAUUCUCAAGAAAUUAGAUCGUGUAUUGGUGAAUUCUAAAUGGGAGGACGAGUUUCAGGGAUCGGCAGCUACUUUUCUUACUACUUGUGUGUCGGAUCAUUCUCCUAUGGUUGUGAAACUUGCAGAGCUACUGCGUAGGAAAAUUCCAUUCCGCUUCUUUGAUUAUUGGAUAGAUCACCCGGAUUUCCUUCCUUUGGUGGCUCAAGUUUGGGGUGAAGCGGUCGUGGGUACUUCUAUGUUUUGUCUGUGUUCAAAAUUGAGAAGGCUGAAGCUUGCCUUGAAAUAUUUUAAUAAGGAGCAUUUUUCAGAUCUACCUAGGAGAGUAACUCAAGCUCGGUCUGAUCUAGAGCAUGUUCAGUAUUUGAUUCAGCAGUCGCCUCUGGAUCCAUCUUUACAUAUAAAGGAGGCUUGGUUAAUAUGGGAAUUUGCAAGAGACCAGAGUACUGCUUUCUUCUUCAAGGCUAUGAAAAGUCACUAUGGCAAGAACAAGGUUGUCUCCAUUUGUAGAGAUGACGGUACUAAAGUGGAGGAGCCGCAUGAGGUUAGUAAAGUUAUUGUUGAAUUCUAUCAAAAUCUCCUUAGACAGCAGCCUAAUGGUAAGAGUCUAGCUAUGGACUUGCUUCGAAGAGCUCUUCCUAAAAGUAUCUCAGCGGUGCAGAAAGAAACCUUUAUUAGAGAUGUGUCAUAUGAGAAGAUUAAGGAGGUUUUGUUCUCUUUGAAAGAUAACAAGGCUAUGGGACUAGAUGGUUUUAAUGCAGGUUUCUUCAAGAGAACUUGGAGUAUUGUGAGGAACAAUGUUCUAUGUGCCAUCAAGUCCUUCUUUGACUCGGGGCAGCUAUUGAAGCAAGUUAAUGCUACUACCAUUGCUUUGGUCCCUAAGCUUAUUUCUAAUAGAGUCAAGAUGGUGCUUACAGAUAUUGUUGGAUCUCAACAAACUGCUUUUGUUAAGGGAAGACAUAUUAGCGAUAAUAUAUAUCUUUCCCAAGAGUUGUUGAGGAAUUAUCAUCGCAGUGGAGGAUUGCCUAGAUGUGCCCUUAAAGUUGAUCUCAUGAAAGCCUAUGAUUCUGUUCGUUGGGAUUUUCUUUUUAUGAUUUUAAGGGUGCUUGGGUUUCUGGAGAAGGUUAUUAUGUAG